AUGUUAAAGUAAGAAGUAUUUGCUGAAAAUUUGAAGAGUUAGAGUUUUGAGAAUAGCUAAUAAUAAUAUAAUGGAGAUGAGUAUGAUAGGAUUAUGAGAAAAUACAAUAUUAAUUAAGAUGAAGAGAUUUAAUAAAAUGAUCAUCUUAUUGAUAAAUUAAAAUUGAAUUCUAAGCAUAUAGGCUUUGCUUAAGAAACUAACUAACAACUUCAUCAUAGAAUUCGGUUGAUUCAUAUUGAUACAAAUUGUGAAUCUAAUGUAUCACCCACUCCAAGCUUUCAAAAUACUCCUCAACAUUUAGAUACUAACUUUACUAAAGAGCUGCUUUCCUCUAAGAAUUUUAAUUAGUAGAAAAAUAUUAAUUUUAACAAAAUUGAUAAUGAUGAUGCUCAUACUUUUAAAAACUCAGAUUACGAUAACAACCAAGCAAAUCAAUAAAAUCUAGCUUAAUCUUAUAUACAUGAAAGCUUAAAUAAAACUACAUAAGAAAUGUAAGUUGAAGAAGAAUCUAUAAGACAAUAAGUCAAGCUAUCUGAAAUGAAUUAUAAAUUAACAAUUAAAGAAAAUUAGCUCUAAUAAAUUAAAAAACAAGUUGAUAAUCUUGAAAAAGAAAACAUGAGUUUAAAAAAAGCUUUAAGAAAAAUAUAGCCAACUUAAUCUUUAUUAAAUAUUUAGACUAAAAAUAGCUAUAAUCACUCAUAUAGCACUCCACCUUCACCAAAUAGUUCUUUUAUAUUCUCUCCGUAAUCUAAUAAUAUCAUAUUGCAAUAAAGCAUGAACUAAUAAUAGUAAACAAUUUAACUUAAGUAAGAUAUUACUGUAUUAGAAGGAAUAAUUAUAAAAAAAAAUUAAGCAAUAAACAAAAUUAAAGAGAAGCAGAGCUAACUAGAAAGUGAAAUUAAAGUAAAGGAUAUUAUGAUUUAAUCUUUAUAAUAAAAGUUUAUCUAGACAUUUUAGCUAGAGUCAAAUUAUAAAUCUCACGAUGUUAGCUAAUCGAGUCCAUAAAUUACUCCAGCAUAUCCUAUUCCUAGUGUUAAUGUCUCUAAUAUUAUGAAUGAUAAUAAAUACUAUAUUUCUGCUGACCCUUCAGUAAUUGAGUAAGAUGAGCUAGUUGUUAAGCUUCUAAAUGGUGAAGAAAAAGAAUAAUUUAAUAUAUCUUAGAAAUUACCUUCCAAUGAAUCAGAUGUUUCCUAGUAACAAAACAAGAAUUAGGAAACUGGUAAAAAUGAAGGAGAUGAAUAACUUCAAUAACAAAUAAAAGAAUUAAAAUUGCUUAUAAAAGUAUAAACUGAAAACCUCCACAACAAAGACCUGGAAAUUUAGGAAUUACAAAAACAUAUUUCUUAAGUUGACACACUAAAUAAAACAAUAGAUUAUUAAAAAUCAAGAAUAGACUAAUUACUAAGUCUAUAAGAAAGAGAUUCAAAAUGGCUUUUACCUGAUCUUGAAUCGAAUGAAGUUAAUUUUGAUAUUGAUUACAAAUUUUAACUAGAAAAAACUCUAAAAUAAUAUGAACAAAGAAUAAUAAUACUUACUAAUGAGAAUGAUAAGCUAAAUUAGAAUUUAAGGAAGCAGGAAUAACAAAACGACGAUCUCCUAGAAUAAAUAGGGGAUUUAAAAUUAAAUUCAAGACUCAUAGAAGAAGAUUUAAAGUAAAUUCCUAAGCUUUAACAAGAAAUUAUGUAAGUGUAAAAAUAUAAUAAACUUCUUGAGCAUAACAUAGAAUAGCUAGAGGAGAAAUAUUCAUCUAUUGAAAAAGAAUAAAUAGAAGUAGAAUAACUCCAAAAAAUAAUAGAAACUUUAAAUUAAUCUUUAUCUGAAGCUAAAAUUAAAUAGCUAGAAGUUAGUUAGCAACUCAAAGAUAAAGAUUAAUAGUUUUAAGAAUGCUAAAAAAAGCUAGAUACUCUAGAAAGAGAGCAUUCCUUAUUUUAGGCACACGAUAAAAAUUAAAUUUAGCAUCUGCAAAAUAUUGUAAUUGAUUACGAAAAUAGAAUUAUAUUAUUGUCUUAAGAAGUUGAUAGGCUUAGCUAUUUAUUAUAAUAAAAAAUAAGUGAAAACGAGUCUAUCAAAAAAUAAUUACAAUAUGAAUAUAUGAAUUAUUUAAGCGAUAAAUCUCCUUCUAAUAUUAUACAAACAGAAAUGUACUCUCCUUAAAAAUCUUAUAGAGACUCUUCAUCUAAAUCAAAAUACUUUGAUUGA